CAAUACCAACCGCUUGACUCGUUCAAGAUGAUCAAACGUGAUCUCGUCGGCCGCCUGCUACAAGCGAUCCAUCGACAGUUGGCCGUUACCCGAUUACAUGACUCGUUGUCGCCAUCAUGCCCUUGUUCGGAAACCUGUACUUGGGAGUAACGUACCAUGUAGUAUCAGGAUGGGAGGCCUGAAUACGUAUCCCCAUGCAAGCGUCUAGGUGGCAAGUAUAUUGAGAUAUGCUGCAUAAAAGCCCUCGACUUCUCUGACCCUUUGUCCGCGUUGCCUUUUCUUAACCGAGCUUAGAAUCUUACAACCUCAAUUUCAACAACACCAACGUCCGCUCGCCAGCAUCUCCAGCUCACAAACAGGAAGCGGCCAUGAGUUCGAGCUCCUCCACCAACGAACACUGGCGACAGGACGUCAAGAUCGACGACAUCCCGCCCGAAGGCCAGAAAUUGCUGCGCGACUACGCUGGCCUCAAACAGGAUGAAAUUCUUCCACAUAUUGAAAACAUUCGGAAAAAGGGCUACGCCAUCGCCCCGUACGCGUGUAUAAGCGCGAUCCGCUUCCUGGGCGACCGAUGGUCCAAAAUCCCCUACGGACCAAGAUUUCUCGCGCGCCUCAAGUCCGACGCCAACAUCACCUUUCUCGAUGUCGGCUGCGGCUUCGGGCAGGAACUCCGCUUCCUCAUCACCGAGCACGGCGUCCACCCGUCGCAGCUCUUCGGCUUCGAUCUCGAGCCGGGCCUGAUUGACGUCGGGUACGAAUUGUUUCGUGACGGUGACGGCGGCAAGGCUGGGACGGGCGAUAAUAGUAGUGCUGGUGCUGAUGCUGGUACUGGUGCUAUGACCAUGUUCGGCGCGAAUAUAUUUGACGACGACAGCGACGCCGACAACAACAAUAACAAGGCCAAUACCAAUCUCGACACCAUACGCGGCAAGAUGGACAUGAUCCAAGCAAGUCACGUCCUGCACAUGUUCGACUACGACCAGCAAUUCGACGCGGCAAGGAGGCUGAUCGGGCUCGCGAAACCCACGCCCGGCUCCAUGAUCGCGGGCAGUCAAGUCGGCAGUCGCAACCCCGGCAGCUAUGUGUUCGACAUCGACCUUGCGCCGACGAGGAGUCAUUACCGGCACGACGAGCGCACGAUGCGCGAGUUUUGGACCAAGCUCGGCCACGAGACCGGGUCCGCGUGGGAUGUGCAGUGCGGCGAGAUCCACAACAAGACCGUCGAGGAGAGUCGGGGCACCAAGUUUGCUCAAGGAGAUCAGGGAAUGAUGAUUAUUUGGUUCUGUGCGACGAGGGUGUAACACAGUAUAGAAUGAAUU